GGCUAGCUAGCUAACUGCCGUGUAGGCCCUGAUACUCCUCUAUCCGCACCACUCCGUCAGCCCGCUUACCUCUGCGAUCCAAAACUAGUCAUCGCAUGCAAGCCCUCCUCCAUCCACCUCUAUUUAGUUCUGCAUAACGUCCAUCAAUACCACAUAGCUAUCCACCGCCACUCGUCUCCUUUGCCAGCAGAGCUUAGUCGUCGUCGUCAAGUUAGACAGACCUCUCUGGAUAUCCCUGAAGACAGGCCACAACCAAUCUACCCACUUGCUGGUGUGAUCUCUCCCAGACCGCACCACAGUUAUCACAAAACAAUGGAUCCGUUGUACCAUAUCGAGGACCUGUUGUCCCGUGUCUACUAUGCCACUGUGAUGGCCGGUCAGGGUAUAGAGACUGGUGGUGGUGCUCAGGAGCAUGGCAUCGAUUUGACGGCUGCGGGCGGCACAGCACAGGGAAGCAGCAGCGCCAGUACGCCCCAUGACGCCGCGGCCCUUAACGAUGUUGUGUAUCUCCCCUCCAACGGAAACCAAACGGACGUAUUCCGCGGCGCCAUCAUCCGCCGGACGCCCCAUAAGGUCACUGUUGACCUGAACGGCCAGGGUCCGGCUCCGUGGCGCGACAUUAUCCAGCACCUCCUGCCCUUCAUCCGCUGUGAGCCGCACCACUGCGUCAACGACAAGAGCUUCAACAACGGACUUAUGAACUACGCUGUGGCCCGCGUGACACGCACCCUGAAUCGCCACCUAGUCUGGACGGACAACUUCUACGGCCGAAGCCUUAGCAGAGCUGUCACCUCAGCCCGGGGCAACAACACUACGCGUAGCAUCCCCAUUGCCUACCCCACUGCCCCCCCGGUCCGAACCGGCAUGCCGCCACCACGGCUGGCUUCUUUGCGAUGGGUGCCACCGCCGCGCGUCUUCCCCAUUCUCAGCCUGCCUGUCGAGAUCCUCUUCCAGGUGCUCGAAGACGUGACGGAGCCCUACGAGGUCCAGGCCCACACCCUGUCCACGUUCCUUUUUGAGCCCUGCCUCAUCGUCACCGGGGCCCGCACCUGGGCGGCGCUGUCGCCGCUCUUCCACGUCUGCCGCGCGUUCCGGACCUACGCCGUCGGCUGCUACGGUGAGCCCCGCCGCCACAGCCUCCCCUUCGACCCGAAGAGGGACAGCCUGGUCGUCCGCAGUUUCCCCGAGACGUACCGCGCCGCCAUGAAUGCCGGCGGCAUCUACACCGCAUACUUGCGCCGCCCCACCGACAGCUUGAGUCGAAUGAACGCCGCGGAGGUUCGCGACAAGUUCCCCGCCUGGGUUCGUGAUCUCGACAGCGAGGCGGUCUUCUACCACUGCAGGCCCCGCGAUGCCAAUUACUUCGUGGCGCCAACCGCGCUGGGGGCCGACUUCCUGCGCCGCAUCCGGCGCGUCGAGUUCCGGACCCAAGACGGAACCCCUGAGAACCGAAUGGCCUGGAGCAUGUUCAUAAGAAACCUGGGGCAGAUUUUGCCCAGCCUCAGGGUGCUAACCAUCUCGACGUGGCAUUUCGAUGCCUGCGCGAUCACGGCUCGGAGCAUUCUUGGGGUUGUCGACCCCAGUCAGGACGGGGAAUCUAAAAAGGCUGUUGUCGCGCACUGUCACCAUGAUGCCGCGCUAAUUUCGUCGUUCUAUCCUCGUCCCGGUAAUAACACCGGCGAGGUAGCCCCCCCAGACGUGUUACCCUCUCUGGAGCGUCUCGAGAUCGUAAAAGUGGGAAAUCGAUGCUCUAAGAAGAUGACAAUAAAUCCCCCCGGCUUCCUCUCUGGCCAUUAUAUCGUCUCAACGUCCGAUACAGACAGAUGGGAGGACUAUCAAUAG